AUGUUCCCAUCUCUGCCCACCCUGAGGAUCCUCAUCCCGCUGGGCUCCCUGUCAGGCCAGUUGUACUCUGCCACUGUGGAGGAAGGCUUCCAGGGCUGAAGCAGCGCCAGCAACCUGUGUUUCUACAGACUGCUCUUGCUGGGCAUUGUGCCAGCGUACAUAUUCUCCCGCCUGUGGACCUGGAUGGAGCUGAAACUCUUCAGAUGUAAUUAA